AUGUCAGGCUCAGCGGAUCGUGAGGCGGUGUUUCCCACCAGACAGUCUUUAGGACUGAUGAAGGGGAAACUGAAGGGAGCUGAACAAGGCCACAGUCUGCUCAAGAGAAAGAGUGAAGCACUGACGAAGCGGUUUCGAGAGAUUACAAGACGAAUCGAUGAAGCCAAACGGAAGAUGGGUCGGGUGAUGCAGAUUGCUGCGUUCUCUCUCGCUGAGGUGACGUAUGCAGUUGGUGGUGAUAUUGGGUUCCAGGUCCAGGAGUCUGCCAAACAAGCCCGCUUCCGAAUCAGGACAAAACAGGAGAAUGUCUCCGGUGUGCUACUUCCACAGUUUGAGAGCUUGACCACCGAGGGAAACAAUGAUUUUGGCUUAACAGGUCUUGGAAAAGGUGGACAGCAAGUUCAACGAUGCCGUGAAACUUAUGCAAGGGCUGUCGAGACACUCGUGGAGCUUGCAAGUCUACAGACAGCUUUCGUGAUUCUGGAUGAAGUCAUCAAGGUGGUGAAUAGACGAGUUAAUGCAAUCGAGCAUGUCAUUAUACCUCGAACUGAGAAUACGAUUAAAUAUAUCAACUCCGAACUUGACGAGUUGGACCGCGAGGAAUUCUACAGACUAAAAAAGGUUUCGAACAAGAAACAGCGGGACACUGCAGCUUUGGAUGCUGAGAUUAAAGCUAAACAACAGAAGCAAGGAAUGAAGAAGACAGAUGAAGGGUCUGGGCCAACGGACCUGCUAGCCGAUGGAGAUGACGAUGUUAUAUUUUAG